AUGGGAGUAAAUGCAACCGUAGCAAGUGUGAGACAGGAAUACUGGGUCCCACAGCUUCGCCAAUUAGCCAAAAGUGUAAUUCAUCAUUGUAUAAUUUGUAAGAAAACACAAGGGAGACCCUACCGUGUGGAUAUUGCUCCACCAUUGCCAGAAUUUCGGGUGCAGAGAAAACAACCCUUUAGCAUCACAGGGGUAGAUUAUACAGGAGCGUUGUUAACCAAGGAGAAACAUCAAACUCCUGAAAAAGCCUAUAUUGUGUUGUUUACUUGUCCAGUUACUAGAGGAAUCCAUAUCGAAUUAGUAAAAGAUCUGUCCUGCGAUUCGUUUCUUAUGGUGUUCCGAAAGUUUGGUAGCCGUCGGGGAUUUCCUUCUUUAAUGCUAAGUGACAAUGCUACUACCUUUGUAUCGGCUUCAGAUUAUUUGAAAAGCAUGGCAGAAAGUUCCUUAGGGCAAGAACACCUGAAUGCCAUCGAAUGUAAAUGGAAGUUCAUACCAGCCAGAGCACCUUGGUUUGGAGCUAUAUGGGAAAGAUUGAUUGGUCUUCUGAAAACAUGUCUGAAGAAAGUAAUAGGUCAGGCCUUUCUCAGUUUUAGUGAACUUUCCUGUGUUGUGACUGAACUUGAAGCAAUUAUUAAUGACAGACCCUUAAGUUAUACUCCGGGAGAAUUAGACCAGUUGGAUAUUCUGACGCCCAAUCAUUUGAUUUUAGGACGUAGAUUGAGAUCUUUCCCUAGGGAAGUCAUAGAUUGGAAAGAUAUCUGA